UUUCCCAGUAACUAAACACAAAACGCAGCGACUCCUGACCUUGCCCCUAAGUGCUCCCCUGACCACUGUCCCAAAGCUAUUCGGCACAACUCUGAGUGCAGAGGAAGGGCAGUCACACUCCUCUCACGUCGCAGCGGUGACGCCAGCAACUCGGCAGGAAAAAAGCGGCCAAGCUGCCUCCGCUUGUCGCCACAGCCGGCACGCCCGCGCCAACUCCUCCCGUGUUGACGUCCCUCAGCACGGCAGCCUCCAGACGGGAACCGCGCGGCCGCCAAGUUGCAUCGUGCCGGCGGGGAGCCGCCUGGUACCGCAGCGGCCGCCAUCCGUCCCGACAGGGAAGGAGGAAGGGCGGCCUCCUUCACCGCGUGCGGGUCGCGGCGCCCCACCUGCCCGCAGCGGUGAUGGCGGCCGCGGAGCCGCCGGCCGCGGAGCGGCUCUCACAGCUGGUGAGCUCGGGGUUCGCUCCGCUGGAGGCGGCGCUCGGGGGCUCCGCGGCUCGAUGCUGUUGGAGCUUUCCCCUGAGCCAGGCGGAAAAUCUGCUGUAUCAGCUGCAGGAGAAUUUUCAAGCUCUGACAGAAAGGAUAACGCUGAGAAUGGAAGAAAUGGGUGAGCGCAUCAGUGACCUUGAGAAGCACGUUGCUGACCUAAUGGCAGAGGCUGGAAUAGAGAACACUGACGAUGGAUUGAGACGCUGAAAUAAGCAUGUGAGCGAGGAAGAUAAAGGGAGAACAGCUCUGCACUGAGUCUGGAGUGUGUCAUCGCUUACAGUCAGUGUUGCAAAAAGUGUCAGUGAAACAAAGACACUUGCAUCACAUAGUGAUAGAAUCUUCAUUUUUCUUUUCCUUUGAAUUCUUGUCCCAGGAAAGGAGUAGAAAGCUGGGUUUAUUCAUCUAAAUGGGACGCUAUUUCCUAUAAUUGGGAAUAAAACAUUAGUCUUGGUGGAGGAAAAAAAAUAUGGAUAGAAGACUAUCCUAUAUAGUUGUGAGCUUACUAGUCACAAACUUUUUCAAUGUAAAAAGUGUAUUUUAUUUUGUAUUACUAACAUUAAAAUUUCCUUCAUGCUUCUUCA